CAGGACCGUUCGGUGACAGUUCUUCAUGCACAUUUCCGUCAGCUCUCAUGCCAUCCAGCAAGGUUAUAUUCACUCGGCCCCAAUAUCAAGAAUCAGCGUGAAUGCAUUCGAAGUGGUCCAACCGCACUCGGCCACCGCUGCUCACUCCGACAACAUAGAGUAGUUGCUUGGGGUGAGUCACCGCUGGUAACAAGAGCUUUGUGUAGGCCAAAAUUGGAUUCGCUCGAUGGGACAAUAUUGAGUGACCAGUGUCGUGCCUUCAUUCUUCCUACACCAUAGCUUUUCUUACUUUCCAGAUGGGUGUAAAACCACGGCUAGUAUGCCAACACAGCGACGUGGCAAAAGAGAAGAAAGUGUCAAGCCCUCCUGGGACAUGGGGUUGGAAGAAGCUUCUGCGGCUGGGGACGUAGGGGUCACCAUGGAUUGCCAAAUGUAAAGAGGACAAGUUUUGCCUUCUGUUGUCGUACAUUUUCUGGCCAAGGUCUAGUGCUCGCGAAUCGUAUCCAAUCUCUACUUUCUCAAAUGUCCGUAGCCUAUUCAGACGAGAUGAGGAAGAUGGUUACAAUUUGACCGGAAUCUAUCUUUACUCAUCUUCAUCACCCUCGUCUAAAUUAUGGAGAGUUGGGCACUUCAAGAUCUCUAGCUCAGUCAGGACGUCCUGCUUGCUCAUGAGGAAAGACAAGUAGAGAAGAGAGAAAGAGAAAAGGAAUGAGCCGAAAGGAAGGGAACAACCCACAAGUUAACGAAAUCUUGAUGCCCCCAUGGACAACCUGAUGCUGCUUCAGUACAGCAGAUUUGGCGGUAUUUUCUGCUUUCUCAAAUGUCCAGCCAUCCUGUUAACGUGAAAGAAAAGUGGGGCAGUCGGGAUCCAACACUAAGUAGAUGGGAAGUACCAGCGGCAGACAAUUUGCUGAGGUCGAGCCUCAUCUAACCAGAAUCCGAAUUAGGUGCAAGUUCCUCUGCCCCACAGAGACGAGGUCGCUCCUAGCUGGGUAGAUCCAUAAACCGGGCAGCGACACCUCACAGACAGCCAGAUAAAACAGAGGCAUAGCCCUGGAAAAUGAAGGCUUGACAUCUCAAGGACAAGACUUUGGAACACGAAAGCAACAGGAAACAAAGAAAGAAAUAAAGCUCACCAUCUGAAAACAUCAUAGUGACUCAUGGAUGUCCUACCUGUGGAACUGGUCUGCUGUUGCUGCAAGAGUGGCGUGAAAUCGAUCCGCCGAAGAGCGACAUACAAACCGACACUCAGAAGAAGAUCAAAAUUAUGAUUCGAACCUAUCACACACGCAGAACCAUUUGAUUCGAUCAAUUCUGCAACUCUGAGACAUGAUUGCCGGUGCAGGAGGAGUGACAGUAAUACCCGCGACCCUCGGACAAGACCUUGAGUCUUGAGACAGCACAAUUGGUUCUGGACGGGCCAGUCAAUUGGCCCAGGGUGACCUCUGUGCCUAUCUCCAUCAUGUUGGAUUUAGAGCGUCUGUACUGGCAGGUCAGAGCCAUAUGACCUCAGAUGGAGGUUUCGUAUCAGUGAAAUUGAUGAGCUCUCGGGCUUGGACAGAACAGAUGGACUUUGCUGCCGAUCGGGACUCAUGUUACUCUCUCUUCAGUGUCCAUGUUUGGAGCCUCCGCUGGAUGGUGAGCUGAACUAAGAUGUCAGAGCGUUAUCAGCUGCUCAGCAGAAGCAAUAGCUAUGGCAUCGUUUUGAGUGCACAUAACUGCCGUUUACAGGAAACCUUGAAUCUCACUCAACGCGUCUUCUGUUAAAAUUUCACCGUCAGUGGUUUGACUCAACGCAAAGUCUACAAGUCUGGAACGUCAAGGUUUUAUCACUCGUGACAUCAUCACGGCGAGAGGACGGUGUUUCGACGUUACAAUCGCUCGAGCUUUGACAUAUGUCAUGACGUGCCCUAUUCAGACAGCCUUCACAAUGAGAUCUGGAGUAGUGACGGUAAACGACGAGGCAUACAGUACACAAUGUGGAUAAACAAGGCGUUUACGGUAGCCUCCGCUCAUAUGUCUCCAGCAAUAUCACACCCCGAAUCUUGAAGUCUCCACCCCUGAGUACACUGUACUUCCUCCUGCCUGCUUAACCAGCACCACCACCAAAGUUCGUGCCUAACCAAUGCUGAUGCAAGCUUUGCAUGAGGCCGAUCAUCAGGCUUCAAACCAUCAGCAUGGGUUGUUUUCUCCUGACGACACAGAUAUGUGUUAUUCAUGUCACAUGCAUUAUUCUGUCUUCUCAUCCACGAAGAGGUUUCUGAUCGACACACUAAUGCAAGCAAAGCUACCCGGAACUUUCUGCCACUCCUCAUGGCGGUGGAGACCAGGAGGUCCCCCUUUUUUCCCUGUCAUCCGCAGCAUACUGCUCUUCAUGCGGCUUCAUAAACGGCAUCCAUUUGCAAAUCUGCAAAAGCAUCGAGACUGGGUAGGGUGCUGCUGCUACUUCUUGCCGUGAGUUGAAUGUCAGAUCGACAUUUGUUGUCCUUCGUGCCGGCUAUACAUGUACCAGACAAUGGAGUUUCAGAGCUUCAGAGUCUUGGCGGCAGGAAACCUUCAUCAAAAACCUUCAUGCCGUCACGGAUUAGUAGUGAAGGACAAGGAGGACAGCCUUUCGAGGGUGCAAGAGCGGGUGUUAAUGGCCGAACUUGCUGCAAGCCAUCACAGGAGACGGGAAGGAAAACUGAAAACUGCCAUGGUUGCUCAGAGUUCCUGCGAUCUGCAGUCAGUUUGUAAUUCUAUGUACUGUUUUUUGUCCGGGAUCAGGAAACCCUGAUGUGUACUGCGCUUGUGUAUGAAGCAAUCUUGUUAAACUCUCUAAACGAGCAUCUUAUGAUUGGGGCAGCAGCAGGUAAGGUAGAGUCGACCACAAUUGGGGUUGAGUCGUCAUUGCCAAUAUGAUACUAUGAAUGUAGAACCCCUGUGUCGGUCAUAAGUUUUAGAGGGAUGACGUAAAUCUAGCGGUAGAGGUUCAUAUCUGCAAUGCUCAUAUGGAAAGAUACUUGUCGAGGUUACCUCGUUGUGAGGAUCUACAAAGUUUAUUUCAGCAGAAAACCAGUGGGAUUGAGCAGAGUCCGGGGCUUGUCAAAUUGCAAACAUAGACACAUUCAAAGUUUUCAGAUAUUUAUGCUGAAGAUUAUAGAAUUCGCCGAACCGCAAUGAUAGAGACUCAAAGUUGAUAAAUGUGAACUUCUGAUCCUCUGUCAUGGGUAAUAUCUAAUGCACAAAAAUUUGUCUGGC